AUGUCUUGUCAAAAGACAUUCAGGAUCAAGCGAUUCCUAGCCAAGAAACAAAAGCAAAAUCGUCCCAUUACCCAGUGGAUUCCAAUGGAAAUUGGUAAUAAAAUCAGGUACAACUCCAAGAGAAGACAUUGGAGAAGAACCAAGUUGGGUCUACAAGGGGCCCUGCAUAUGAGGUGGCGCGCAUAUUUAUUCUGUGUCAGGGUCACUUGCAUCUUACCAUACCACUCUGAAAACAUCACUACUAUCUGA